CGUCGUUACAAUUACAGUAUACGGGAUAUACCACGCAUCUCAAGGGGGAAAAAAAAGAAUAUAACAUUGGAGAAUCAAGAGACACCAGGAAAGAAGAGAAUAAAAGAAAAAGAAAAGAGAAAGAAAACUCAAUGGACAUCCCACACCUCACUGAAACACCAACCCCCUUCCCAAACUGCUGUUUAUCCAUCUCCAGCACCCUAAUAGCCCACCUAGCAUGGCUCCUCCCUAAAAUGCCCGCAUUCACCCUGUCAAUAGGAUGUGGAUCCGGUCUCCUGGAAGCCCUAAUACUGCAUAACCAUCCUAACCUCCAAAUCACCGGAAUAGAAGUCUCCGCGUCAGUCAACCGCUACCUUGCAGAAGAGAACUUCGACGUGGUCAGCGGAACUUGGGAUCUGUAUGCGCGUGCGCCGCAGGCGGCUGCAUGGAUGUUUGUUUACCCGCGUGAACCGAAGCUGGUUAGCAAGUAUAUUGAAAUGUACGCUGAUGAUGAGAAUGGAUCUGAGUCAUCGGUGCAGAUGAUAGUUUGGUUGGGGCCGCGGGCGGAUUGGGCCGAUUAUGAGCCAUGCUUUCGCAAUUCGUCGUUCUCAGACGUGUCUAUCCCUGAUGAGGUGGGGAUGAUGGAGUUUGAGAUGCUGGCUAUUAUGCGGAAGAGGUAGCGGUGUGUUUGAGACUAUCGCAGCAAAUCUAUCAAUUUGGUCAUCGGACGGACAGUGGGAGGGAUAUCUCUGGCCCCUAGCAGCGGGUAGAUACUAGGAUGGAUGCUACUAGUGGCUUCGCUGAUGUUUACGACUAAGUACUAGUACUACCUAAUGCCAAUUUAGGCUGACCGGUCGGUCGUUAAACUAUCUAAUUGAGCAUGCUAAGUCAUAAUAUAAAUAAUCAGUGAC